AGACCCAUAUGCUUCACUAUCUCCUCCUCUUCCUCAUUCCAGAUCACUAGUUACCCACCUCACCAUCACCGAGUAACAUCUACUUCUCCACCUAAAUUUAGCUCAGGAAUAGGAGAAGAAGAAUAUUAAUGGGUUCAGAGACAUUCCUAGAAGUAAUAUUGGCCAUUUUCCUCCCACCUGUUGGGGUUUUCCUUCGUUAUGGCUGUGGGGUUGAGUUCUGGAUAGAUUUGUUGCUGACGAUAUUGGGAUACAUUCCUGGAAUUAUAUAUGCCAUCUACGUAUUGGUUGGAUAGCCUCGCGUACGUGUAUUAGUGGGUAUCUUGUUUGGAGGGCCUAUGGAGUAAUUUAUAAGGAUUUUCACCCUUCCAUUUUGUUCAUUUUUUACCUGUCGCUUUUGUUUUCAUAUAUUUUCCUAUUAUCCCUUUUAAUGGUAGAAAGUGAGAUAGAUGUUCGAACUUA